GGCGGGUCCUGACCACCAGCCGCCUGAAGAGCCUGGUCCUCGGCGGAGUCUAACGGAGCAUCAUGUCGGGAACCGGAGCUCUGACGGUGCUGCUGAGCUGCGUUUGUUUCGUGCUCAGCUCUGGCUCGUUGUCUCAUGUGGAGCGUUUCGAGGUGGUUCGACCUCGGAGCCUUCAGCAGAGACAGAAGAGGAGCCUGCAGGACGACCAGAUUUAUCCUGAUACGGUUCGGUACGAGUUAACCAUCGAGGGGAGAAAUCACACCAUUCAUCUGGAAAAAAACUGGAAUCUUAUUGGGAGAGACUACACUGAAACACACUAUUCAGAGGAUGGAAGACGAGUGGAAACAUCACCAAAGGAGGAUCACUGCUACUAUCAGGGAACAAUCCAAGGAGACGACGACUCCUCAGUCAGCGUGGGGAUUUGUUCCGGCAUUAGCGGCUUCCUGAAAACUCGGCAGCAGGUUUACCUGAUAGAACCUCUGGAACAAACCGACGACGGGGAACAUGCAGUUUACAGACGAGAACAUCUGAAGAUCAGCAACAGCGUCGCCUGUGGAUCAUCUAACAGCACCAUGAUGUACGACCAGGACCAGGACCAGGAUCUGGGCCCUCAGCUCGCCAGCCUCUUCAGGUCCAGAUCAUGGAAAACUAAACCAGUCGCAGGUCCAGAGAGGUUUGUCGAGCUCUUCGUUGUCGUGGACAACACUGAGUAUAAACGAUACGGAAGUGAGACCAAACCCAGAAUCCUCACAGCUGUGAAUCACAUCGACAAGCUGUAUCGACCUCUGAACAUCCGCGUCAUGCUGGUGGGUUUGGAGAUCUGGAUGUACGAAGACUUCAUCAACGUCGAGCUGAACUCAGAAACCACUCUGGACAACUUCCUGGUCUGGCGUCAGGCCGACCUCCUGAAGAGGACGAAGCAUGACAACGCUCAGUUUGUGACCGGCAAAGACUUCGAAGGAGACACGGUCGGACUCGCCAACAAGUUCGCCAUGUGCACCGGGAACUCAGGCGGAGUCAACCAGGAUCACCAUGACAACCCCAUCGGCCUCGCCUCCACCAUCGCUCACGAGAUGGGACACAACUUCGGUCUUUCCCAUGAUGCAGCGGGGUGUGUUUGUGGUCCGUAUGGCAGCGGGAACUGUGUGAUGGCAGAAAAACUCAGGACGGGAAACGCUGCGUUUCCGGAGCUCUUCAGCGGCUGCAGCAUGGAUCAGCUGGCCGAGUUCCUGGAGCGAGCUCAGCCCAGCUGCCUGCAGCGGCCGGCCUCAGUCCGGACCCUGGCCUCGGGGCCCCGCUGUGGGAACGCCCUGCUGGACCCCGGGGAGGACUGCGACUGUGGCACUGAGGAGGAAUGUACCAACCCGUGCUGUGAUGCUUCGACCUGCCGGCUGACUGCAGGCUCUCAGUGUGCUCAUGGAGAGUGCUGCGACGGCUGUCAGCUGAAAGCGUCCGGCAGCGUCUGCAGGAAGUCGGUGGGCGACUGCGACCUUCCUGAAUAUUGCACCGGAGCGUCCAACGAAUGUCCAGAAGACAGCUUCGAGAUGAACGGAAAACCCUGCUACAGCCACAGUCAAAGCUUCUGCCACGACGGACGCUGCCCAAACCGCCAGCAGCACUGCUGGAGGCUGUUUGGACCAGGGGCCAGAGAUGCUCCAGAUAUCUGCUACAACCUGAACAAACGAGGGGAAGAAGGUGCAAACUGUGGGAAAACCAAAUUCGGCUUCACUCGUUGUGCUUUAGCAGAUCUGAAGUGCGGCUCUAUAUUCUGUGAAUUCGGCGGUGAAUCUAUAACCGGGAAACGAGCCGCCUACACCGUGUUCAGCCGAGAAUGCAAACUGGCCGUGGAGGACGAUAAAAGCAGAAACCUCGACAUGGUGCCCAAUGGAGCCCCAUGUGGACCAAACAAGGUUUGCCUCAACAACAAAUGUGUGGACGUUUCUGUUUACGGGAAAAAGGAGGAAUGUUCCAAGAAAUGCAACAACAACGGGGUGUGUAAUCAUAGGAACGAGUGUCACUGUGAUCCCGGCUGGGCUCCUCCGUACUGCGAUGUCCAGUAUGCCGAUUUACCUCAAGGUCAGACUGGGAUCAUAGCUGGUAUCUGUGCAGCUCUUUCCAUCCUGCUGGUUAUAAUUGUGCUGGUCGCUGGACUGAUGUGCUGCAAGAAGGACAACAUGGACAACUACACUUCCAAAAGGAAAGUGCAUUCGGCUCCAGACAAGCUGAACCCGAUGUUCCAGGAGGGGAGCGUUAAAGACAGACCUCAGAUCAGCCAGCCCACCUUCAUGGAGUCGACGGCCACUCAGGCCUGCAGCCCUCUGAUGGUUGCCGUGACGCCCAGCAGACCUGCUCCUCAGCCACCAAAGAAAGCAUCCAACCCAUCAGCAGAAACUGAGCCGACCAAACCUCUACCUCCAUCCAAACCUCUACCUCUGCUCAAUAAAACACAGCACAAAGCAGCCAGACCCAGUCCCCCUCCUGUACCUCCGGUGAAGCCCAGCCCUCCUCCUGCAGCCAGAUUUAAACCUUCUACUCCUCCUCAGCCUCCAGUGAAGCCUCAAGCCUUCAGACGCUCAUGAAACUCUCAUUAAGACUUAACUUCAACCAAAGUGUUCGUGGUGUACAUACAGGAAGAGAUGGAUACUCUGAGGCAUCGUCAAGUUUAGUCACAGAGGCCAGAGAGUUUGGAAAAGUUUCCUCUUCAGGAAGUUGAUCAGUCGAAUCUUCACCGAUUGAGAAUGUGUUAAAAGACACAAGACCAACAGCUGCUCAGCUGCUGUGGAAAAGUGAUUUAUUUUGUUGCAGACAUUUGAACUUAACUGCUGUUGCAGUUGUGAUUGUUCUCUGUUUGUUAAACUGUCCUUUCUGCUAACUUUAUCUUGUUGCACUUUUAUAAGAUGCUCAAAUGAAAAUGUUGUUUUUGAAUAUUUAUUGAAUGUCUAAUUUAGGGACUGUAUGAACAUUUUUUAAUGGAGAGAGCAGGGCAGGUUUAUUUAGAUUUAAGUUUUAGUUUAGCUUUACAUUGAGCUGCCUAAAGCUUGAUUAACACUCCUGCAUUGAAUUCAUGCAACAACCUACAUCGUAUCUCUGUGGUUUCUACGGACUUAAAACAAAAUAGAAACAUACACCAUCGUUCAAAAGUUUGGGGUCACUUAGAAAUGUCCUUAUUUUUGAAAGCAGUUUUUUUUCCAUGAAGAUAACAUUAAAUGAAUGAUAAAUCCAGUCUACACAUUGUUCAUGUGGUAAAUGACUAUUCUAGCUGGAGAUUUAUGAUGGAAUAUCUCCAUAGUGGUACAGAGGAACAUUUCCAGCAACCAUCACUCCUGUGUUCUAAUGCUACAUUGUGUUAGCUAAUGGUGUUGAAAGGCUCAUUGAUGAUUAGAAAACCCUUGUACAGUUAUGUUAGUACAUGGAUAAAAGUGUGAGUUUUCAUGGAGAACAUGGAAUUGUCUGGGUGACCCCAAACUUUUGAACAGUAGUGUAUCUGGCCACCACAGUGUUGUGUUUAGCAGCAGGAGGUGGUGGAGACCAAAAUCAGAGCUAAAACAGACAGAACAUUGGACUCAGAUUGAAAGUUGGACACAAACACAACUCCAAACUGAUGACAAAGAUAUGUAACUGUUUGAUUGCGAAAAAUAACUUUAGUUUUGCAACUUGUUUGGCUUGAAUGUAACUUGUUCGUUACACUGAAGCCAAACACAAUGCUGAUUAAAGCCUAUCAGCUCCACAUAACAGCUAUAAUGAAUUGUUUUUUAAUAUUAUCAAUGUCUAAAAUAGUAAUGUGAAAAUUUAACAGUGUAAAAGCGGUCGCUUAUCCACAUGAAACUACAGACAUUUACCUGGUUAGCCUGUAGCUUUAUGUCACUUUACAGAGCUUUAUAGCGAGGUUUGGCUCAUUGUUUGGCGAGAAACUUCACUGUUUUGGUUUACUCUCCCCACUCUUAAGCUGGGAUUUACAUCACUCGGACACACAGAUGUGCCUUACAGAUGUUAUUUUCAGCAGCAGAUGCCAUCGUACGCCUUAAACUACCUGUCUAGCUGGUAACCGUAGUGGAGCGUUUGGCAGAUACUUCCCUCAGGAGGUGGUGGAGACCAAAAUCAGAGCUAAAAGAGACAGAAUAUUGGACUUAGGUUGAUAGCUGGACACAAACAUGACUUCAAAUGACUAAUAAAAUUCUGUAACUGCUGCAUUUAGAAAAAUAACUUGAUUCUGCUGCACAAAAGUGGCCAAAAAAUCUGUAAUUGUAGUUCAAUAUUACCCAUAUUAAGUUAGUGUUAGUUUUGCAUAUCAGUGAACGUGUGCUACUUUCAAGCCAAAUGAGUUCACGCAAUGCUGAUUAAACCCUGUUAGCUUCAGGUAAAUUUCUGUGGGAGUUUUAAUCUGGUUUUAAUCUUGAGCUAGUGCACCGGUAGCAACCGAAACCACAACUGUAGCAGCAGAUACCAAGCUGGUGGAAAAACCUAGGAGGCAUUCAAGAAAAGCUUUUGAUGGUGCAGAUUAAAAAGAAACUCUACAUAACAGACUAAAAGAAAGACAGCAUGACGAGGCAUAUGUUAUAAUCGUGCAGCAACAUUUCUAUAAUUACAUUCACUGCCAGAAGGUUGAGCAAAAGUUGUGCACUGCAAGUUUAAACAAAUGAAUAAUUUACAAUUAUUGCAGGAAUCCUAAUUCAAACUUGAACACUGUUACAUUAUAAAAUAUUAGGUGGGAGUUGUUUCUAAGCCAAGCGGGAGCCUAGUUUCCUUUUUCAGUUUUCACACAGUCCCUAAACUGGGUCUAAGGCCAGUUUGUGCCUUCUACAAGGUGAUUUUUUGACAUUGUACUUGAAAACCUCUGCAUGGUACAUCAGUGUGGGAGUUUCUGCACACUUCAGAUGACCGGUAUGUUACUGUGGUUCAACCUGAAUCACUUCUCCUUUGUUUGUUUUCAGUCCCAGUUGGGUGUAUGACUGAGCCUCAAGGAGCAAUUACUUUUCAGUUUUUAUUUUACUGCACUGAUAUCUUUCUGGGGCAACAGUCACAGGGUUUUUAGACCUUACAUGUUAAAUCAAGUGCUCCAAAAGUACUAAAACAUGACUUGAUUGUUAAAACUUUCCUAUGAGUGGCUUUUUGUUGCAUUGAAUAAAGUGCACUUUAUUUCAAGAGCA